AUGUAACAAUAAUCUAAAUAGUUGGCAAAGGAGGAAGAAUAAAAGAAAGUGGAAAAUCAUAUUUUGGAGAAGUUUGAAUUAUUGGAAUUCAAAGGAAAAGGAGCAUAUGGAGUAGUAUGGAAGGCACUUGAUCGAAAAACAAAUUAGAUAGUAGCACUCAAGAAAGUAAAUGCUAUUAAUAGGAUUUAGAUUUUUGAUGCUUUUCACAAUGUUACUGAUUCUUAAAGAACAUUCAGAGAAGUGAUAUUCUUGGAGUAACUUAAGAAUCAUGAAAAUAUAAUCAAAUUGACAUCUGUUAUUAAGGCAGAGAACAAUAAAGAUUUGUAUAUGGUAUUUGAUUACAUGGAGACAGAUGUGCAUAAUGUAUGUAUACUUCAUUGAGAACUAGGUUAUUAGAGGAAAAAUUCUGCAACCUAUUCAUCAAAAAUAUAUAGUUUAUUAAGUGUUGAAAGGAUUGAAAUAUUUACAUUCUGGUGAAGUAAUUCAUAGAGAUUUGAAGCCUUCUAAUUUAUUGAUCAAUUCUGAAUGUAAAGUCAAGAUAGCAGAUUUUGGAUUGGCCAGAAGUGUAGCAAAACCAGAUGAUAACACAAAUCCAAUACUCACUGAAAGUGUGGCUACUAGAUGGUAUAGAGCUCCUGAGAUAUUAUUUGGAUCUUAAGAUUAUUCCAAAGCAAUUGACAUAUGGAGUCUAGGAUGUAUUGUGGGAGAGAUGAUAAUUGAAAAAGCCAUAUUUCCAGGGACUUCCACUAUGAAUUAGAUUGAAAAGAUAGGAGAACUAUUAGGACGACCUACUCCUGAUGAUCUAUAAUCUAUGCAUGCUCCAAUGGCAUAGUAGAUUAUGCAAAACAUUACAAUUAAAUAGAGAAGUAGUUUUGUGUCAAGUUUUCCAGCUGCCACAGAAGAUGCAAUUGAUUUCCUUAAGUAAAAUUAGAAUCUGUAUAUUUUAAAGGAAAACUUUGGUCUACAAUCCAUCUAAAAGAAUGACAGUAGAAUAGGCAUUGGAACAUAAUUAUAUCAAAGAAUUUAAGAAAAAAGAGUUGGAAUCUAAAAGAGGUAUAAUAUUAAUUGUAUAAAUAAUAGAUUCACCAUUUAACACAUUCAUGGAUGAUAAUUAAAAAUAUUCCAUUAAGUAAUAUUAGGAUGCUCUAUAUAAUCGUAUAGUUGAAAAAAAGAGAGUUGAAUAUAAAUAAGAUCUAAUUAAAAAUUCGAAUAAUGGAAGUGUUAAUACAAGUAUUGACAAGUCUGCAUCUCCGACUAAGAAGGAGACAUCCAUUGUAAAGAAAGAUGCUGAAAAAUCCAAAUAAGAUAAUGAUAUUCAGAAGUAUACGAGAGGUUUUCAUUAGAAAUCUUAGUCGUACUCUUAAGGGUAGUUUAUGGGUAGAACAGCUUCAUAAGAGGAUGUUUAGUUUUAGGUCUAGAUGUAUCAAAGUCCUACUUAAAAGAAGCAAUAAUCAAUGUUUCCAAUGGUCGAUUCCAAUAGUCCAUUAAAUAAAGGGAAUAGAAGAUCUUCUUUGGACAAGAAGUUGUUGAGCACCUUGACUGCGUCGAUGUAGAGUACUCUAUCUCAAUAGUAAUUGUCAAGAAAAGGAAUACAAGGUUCGAUAUCGAAAACAAAUGUUUUCAAUAAAUCUAUGAUAAAUACAUAAUACAACUCUUUAUUAUAGAAAAAGAAAUGA